GAGCAGAUUUACAGCCCAAAGACCGGGUGCUUGGAUCGUUUGGCCAAAGAGGCAACCGCUGCGUGGCUGAAUGCUGCGACACUGAGGCGGCCAUUGGACGUGUCUGCAGCUUACCCUGCAUUUCCAACAGACGACGCGGUCUUGCGCGCCAUCCUCGAGGACCCAGACUUCGUGCCGCUGCGCCGCGUCUUCCCAAAGCCCUUGCUGAGCUCGGAGCAUGCGGCCGGAGGCCAGGAGGGUGACCUCCCGCCCGUGGGCAUGUGCCCAUCUAUCGACCCUGCAUCUGGACUGAUACCCGAUGCCAUCUCCACGGCCUUCUUCUUGGACGUGGAACACUCCUGCCUGCGCGGAGCCGUUCGCUUCGGGCCACAG